AUGUUCCAAAAUAUACUUCGUCAUGUGCAGGCCCCCGCGCUUAGCAUCUCACGUCACCCGAAUCGCCGUUCUUUCUCAUAUGUGUCUAGACACUCAGUUUUUCCAGCAAGCUUGUAUCGAUUUCAAACACACCGCCACUCGAGGCUUUAUGACAGAGAUUUUAAACAAGGUGACUGGGAAUACGAGGAUGGAACCGAAGUUGCUGCAGAUGGCUUAGUACACCCAAAUAUAACUGCUGAUUGUAUGCGAAAACAACUUCACAUUAAUUGCCUGCUAACCUAUUUAGUCUCGAAUGGUGCAUUAUUUAUGCCAAAUACGCACGAUAUGCAAAGGGUCACACGGAUGUCGAAUGAUUAUUACUUGGAAGACGUAGAAAGUGGUAAACCCGCUGCCGAAGCGCAUUAUUUAUGCAUGCCUCAAGGCACAUCUAUUCCAAAUUCGUUGAUUCUUUUCCGCGAGCAUACUUCUCGCUUCUCCCUACAACCUGCGCAUCCCAUGUCACUGGAUAGACUCAACAAGACCCUGACUCGGUUUUACUUCCAUUUUGGGCGCACAUUUAAUCCAGACGCUUGGCUGGAUCGGAAUCCCUACGAUGAGGCGUUUCUUGAUAACCAAGAAGAGUGGAUGAACCACUAA